AUGUCAUAACUGACGUUUGAAAAGGCUGAUUGUUGAGUUGAGUCGAUGAUUACGAUUGUUUGGUAAUAAUUGGUUAGCCGAAAAUUUAUAACUUUACAUGUACAUAAUUUAUUUUAAUUUGAAUUAAUAUAGUUACAUAUACUUUAUUGUAAACUAGUUACAAUGUCGGAUAACGAUGAUGACUACAUGUGCGAAGAAGAGGAAGAUUAUGGUCUUGAAUACUCUGAGGACAGUAACACAGAACCAGAUGUUGAUCUAGAAAACCAAUACUACAAUAGUAAAGCUCUUAAAGAAGAUGAACCACAAGCAGCUCUGCUUAGCUUUCAAAAGGUUUUAGAGCUCGAGGGUGGAGACAAGGGAGAAUGGGGCUUUAAAGCACUCAAACAGAUGAUAAAAAUUAAUUUUAAAUUGAGUAACUUCACAGAAAUGAUGGCGAGAUACAAACAACUGCUCACUUACAUAAAGAGUGCAGUCACUAGGAACCACUCGGAGAAGUCUAUUAAUUCUAUUCUCGACUAUAUAUCUACUUCUAGAAAUGAACUUUUGCAAGACUUUUACGAAACAACACUUGAGGCGUUGAAAGAUGCUAAAAAUGAUCGACUGUGGUUUAAAACAAAUACAAAACUUGGCAAGUUGUAUUAUGAUCGUGGGGACUUUAAUAAAUUGGCCAAGAUAUUGAAACAAUUGCAUCAAAGUUGCCAAACAGAUGAAGGUGAGGAUGACCUGAAAAAGGGAACACAGCUUUUGGAGAUUUAUGCACUUGAGAUACAAAUGUAUACAGCCCAGAAGAACAACAAGAAGCUAAAGGCACUUUAUGAGCAGUCUUUACACAUUAAAUCUGCGAUCCCUCAUCCACUGAUCAUGGGAGUUAUUAGAGAAUGUGGCGGGAAAAUGCAUUUGCGUGAAGGUGAGUUUGAGAAAGCUCACACGGACUUCUUCGAGGCAUUCAAAAACUAUGAUGAAUCAGGAAGCCCCAGGCGGACUACAUGUCUUAAAUAUUUAGUUUUAGCAAAUAUGCUUAUGAAGUCGGGUAUCAAUCCAUUCGACUCUCAGGAAGCGAAACCUUAUAAGAAUGAUCCAGAAAUAUUAGCAAUGACCAAUCUAGUGAUGGCAUACCAGAACAACGAUAUUAAUGAUUUUGAAUCUAUCCUCAAACAUAAUAGGAAUAAUAUAAUGGACGAUCCGUUCAUCAGAGAACAUAUUGAAGAUUUGUUAAGGAAUAUUAGGACCCAAGUGCUCAUAAAACUAAUCGGUCCUUAUACUAGGAUACACAUACCUUUUAUAUCUAAGGAGUUGAACAUAGACGAGAAGGAAGUUGAAAAUUUAUUAGUCACAUGUAUUUUGGAUAACACGAUCAGCGGGCGCAUCGACCAGGUGAACGCGGUGCUGGAGCUCGCGGGCGGCGCGCGCGGCGCGGCGCGCUACCUCGCGCUCGACAAGUGGACGGCGCAGCUGCAGGCGCUGCACCACGCGCUCGCCAACAAGAUGGCCUAGGGGCGUGUCGCGUGCCGAGUGCGAGAACCAGAACGAGAACGAGAACGAGAAAUGAGUUUCGAGUCGCGUAGGGUUUUCGUAAAAUAGUGUUUAAUAUAUAUAUCCACUUUUUUAAGCUUACUAUAUAAUUUGAAAAAUCGAAAAGCAUUUGUAUAUAGAGUCGUUUUGGCGCCUAAAAAAGUCCCUCUGUAAAAAGAUUCUUCUGUAAAAUUGGCCAAUGAUUCCGUUUUGAAAAACACUGAAGCAAUAAGUCAAUAAAGUUUUUAACGAA